CCAAUUUGUUUUGGAUAAAGUUUAUGAUGCAUAUCCAUGUCAUUUGUCCCCACAUAUGCCUCAUUCCCAGUGCCAAUUCCCCUCUUCCCACCUAAUAAUAAUUUUCAUUCCCCUUUUGGAGAGGUCUCUUCCUUGUGCUGUCUUUUUUCAUCUCCAGCCAUUUUCGUGCCCUUAAAAUCAAAUCCAGAAACUCCAGAACCACAUCCAUAUUUCUUAACCUCUUUAUCUCCCAACUACCAGUGCUUGUUUUUUAGUUAAAAAAGACAUUUUUUUUUCAUUCUUUAUUGGUUGCCAUUUGCUAUUGCAAAUUGGUUGUUGAUAUCUUUAGGGGAAAAUUUGGGGUUUUUUUUCUUGGAAUUUCUUGUUUGGAACUACAAGCUUGAAAAGGACAAUUUUUUUUUUGGGUUUUGGGAUGGCAUGUUUGUUGAAGAAUGGGUUGUCUCUUCCUGGGUCUUGUGAGACCAUUAUGAGCUCUAGAAAUAAAGGGUCUCUUUUGUCAGUUGGGGCUGUCCAAGUUGCAGAUUCAAGAACAAAUGAUUUUCUUGGCAAGACUUUGAUUAUAUCAGAUCAGAAAGGAUUCAGAGGUCCCAAUGCCAAAGCUUCAAGACCCCUCUCUGUUAAUGCACAAGCAUCAUUCUGUGUUAGCAGAUCUAUGAGAUGGUGGGAAAAGACCCUUAAACCUAACAUGAUAGAGAUUCAUUCCACACAAGAGCUUGUGGAUGGCUUACUAAAUGCCGGGGACAGAUUGGUCAUUAUAGACUUCUAUUCCCCGGGCUGUGGUGGUUGCAAGGCCUUGCAUCCUAAGAUAUGUCAAUUGGCUGAAGCAAACCAGAAUGCAAUUUUUCUAAAGGUCAACUAUGAAGAACAUAAGCCCAUGUGCCAUAGCCUUAAUAUACAUGUCCUCCCAUUUUUUAGAUUCUAUAGAGGAGCAGAGGGAAGGCUUUGCAGCUUCAGUUGUACCAAUGCAACUAUCAAGAAAUUCAAGGAUGCAUUGGCAAAGUAUGGGACACAGAGAAGUAGUGUGGGAGAAGAAGCAAAGGGUCUUGAGGAGUCUGAAAUGUUGGCUUUGUCAUCAAUAGGGAAAAUUUCAAGAAAGUUACCAAUGGAGUCUGCAUUGAUUCAUAGGGUGGAAGAUUUGGUUAUGGGUAUGGGUAUGGGUAUGGGUAUGGGCAAAGCUCAGAUUGGUAUUCAAGAAACCAGUGAGUUGUUGGUUGCCUGAGAUUCUUUCAAACCCCAUUUGGGGGCUGUGUGAUUGGGGCUAAAGAGCUCCAAAUAAUAGAAAUUUUUUAUUGGAUUACAAGCUUUGUGAUUAUUAUUUUGUCCAUAUAUUUUUUUUGUAUACAUUAUUUGAACAUUAGAAUACAAAAUGACGAGUGUGUUUAUAACUUCAUAUAUCUUCUUUCUCUCAAAUUUGAAAAAACUACCUAAUUAGGACUAAAACAUACUUUAUAUACUUAAAUAAAACCUAAAGUGCUUUGAUACUAAAAUAAAUUAUUCUGUCCAAG